AUGCGAGCUUCCUCAACAGGAGUCUUAUUGUUGGGCACUGCUCUUUGUACUCAAGCUCUAGAGUACAAAGAUGGCACUGGUAGACUCCCAGCUUUAGGGUGGAACUCAUGGAACGCUUUCUACUGCGACAUUACCGAGGAUAAGAUCAUGACUGCGGCGAAACAAGUGGUCAGUCUCGGACUCAAAGACGCUGGCUAUAAUUAUAUCAACGUUGAUGACUGCUGGGCUGUAAAGGAUGGACGGGACAAGGUGACGGGCAAGAUUAUUCCUGACCCAGUCAAGUUCCCUACGGGCAUCCGCGGUCUCGCAGAUAAAAUCCAUGGUCUUGGACUGAAAGUGGGAAUCUACUCAAGUGCCGGCACCAAGACCUGCGCAGGAUACCCCGCUUCUCUCGAUAAAGAAGGCCUUGACGCAGCCACCUUCGCAUCGUGGGGAAUCGACUACCUAAAAUAUGACAACUGCUAUGUUCCGGACAACUGGCAAGAUCCAUACGACUUCUGCGUCCCUGAUGACUACCGUGCAUACGGCCCUUACCACAACGGCACAUGUGGCCAAAGCGCCAGGACACCCCCUUCGGGAUACAACUGGACAACAAGUCUGGAAUACAAACGGUACAAGCAGAUGAGUGAUGCGCUACUCGCUCAAAACAGGACAAUACUGUAUAGUCUUUGUAAUUGGGGCCACGCAGCUGUCGAGGAGUGGGGACAUCAACUUGGUAGCAGCUGGCGUAUGACUGGGGAUAUCUCGCCUCAAUGGUGGCGCGUCUCCGAGAUCCUGAACCAGAUGUCCUUCAAAAGCGCAUACGCAGACUUUUGGGAGCAUAAUGAUGCUGACAUGCUCCACAUCGGAAAUGGUAACCUCACUAUGGAAGAAAGCAGAUCCCAUUUUGCUUUCUGGGCUGCAAUCAAAAGUCCUUUGAUUAUCGGAACUGCUCUUGAUAGGUUGGCUGCCGAGAAGGUGGCCAUUCUAAAGAACGCGCACUUACUGGCUUUCCAUCAGGAUAACGAGUUUGGGAAGCCUGCGCAACCGUAUAAGUGGGGCGUCAAUGCCGACUGGACUUUCGAUGCCGAUCGUCCAGCAGAAUAUUGGAGCGGAGAGAGCAAGAAUGGUUUCUUAGUCUUGGCGUUGAAUACGCUUCAACAAAAGUCCCAGAGAACGAUUGUGUUCCAGGAAGUCCCAGGCUUAGUGAAGGGGCAGAAAGCAGAGGUACCGGCGUUCGAAGUUACGGAAAUUUGGACAGGGAAGAAGUUGGGAUGUGUUCAGAAGGGAAUUAGUGUGCAAGUUGCAUCUCAUGAUACUGCUGCAUAUUUGGUAGGGAAGGAGUGUUCCCCCGCGACAUAA